CGCGUAUGCUGCCCGUACGUACUGUAUGUACCGGCUGUAUACCGUCAUGUAAUUAAUUGCAACGAAAACUGACCUGAGUGAUGGUCUGAAGCGGUUGCGAAAACCUUUUCCUUUAAAACAUCAAGAAGUAAUGUAGAAAAUCCUCUAAAGCAACACCGAAAGACUGAUUUACGAGUUGCUUGUUUCAACACAGUGGUGAAAAAGUCAUGCAAGUUUGAAAGAUGAGUUCCAGGAAUUCCCUGAGUAGCCGGGAUGGAGGAAGGCCGUUUUCGGCUAAUCGUACGCAGCUGCCUCCUACGAGGAGGAACGGCCGGCCGUACUAUCCAGAAAUCAAGCAGAGAGGUUACUAUUCAGACAUUCUUAGUGGUGAUGCAGAGCACAGGCUUGGGAAUGUAUUGAGUGGUGCAGAGACUCAACAGGACACAUUAUGGAACAUAGCCAAGGAAAAGCACACACCCAUGGUGACUUCCUUCAAGGGUCCCAAAGGACCAGAGCAGGCCAAGGCCGAACUGAGCAAGCAGGUCUACGGACCCACAAGCGAGAUAUUGACAAAAUCGGAUUUCCCUGAGAAGUCUUUCCUUCCCAAGGUGCAGCUGCCGUUCUUUGUGGCCCCUGGCCAGUGCCCACGCAAGAUCGAGAUCGAGCGGCGCAAGCGCCACUAUCAGAGCCAGAUGCUGGAGGACCUGCUGGCGGCCGAGGGGGUGCAGACCGAGGCCCUCAUGCCCAAGCAAAUCACAGAGAAGAAGCUCUCAGUUCAGCUGAACGGGGUGGACGGGGACGAGGACCCAGCACCCUUCCCGACGUUCCUGCCGCUGGACAUUUUCACCGACACAGAGUUUGAUUGCCGGACGCCCGGGGAGUGGUUGGAGAUGGGGGUGGUGAACAGCCACCGCCUUCCGGUGCCUGGCCGGGCUCUCCUUCCUGCUUGGGAUUCUCCUGAGAAAUUGGAUCCCAAGGACCCAAGCCUGGAGUACGAGUGGUUUGAUGUGGGCAUGCUGGACUAUGACAGGGAGACCCAGCUCUACCUGGUGCAGAAGACAGACCUGAACAACAGGAUCUUGGAUGAGAAGGGGCAGGUAGUCAUCAACGGGGGUAAAAAUGCCGAUGGAACCCGCAGCCUGCAGGCCAACCAGUAUUGGGUGCCCCGCAUCCAGCUCAUGUUCCUAGCUGAGGAUCCCCAGGUCUUUGCCAAGGCGGUGGCCAGUGCCCACCGGGCCCGCAGGCACACCGAGGCCCUGCUGAGGUACCACCUAUAUGUGGACUGCAUGCCCAUGGAGGGGCUGGUGGAGCUGGACCCGGAGAGUCUGAAGAGGAUGGUGGAGUGGGCCAAGGGAGCCCCUGCCCUGGCCAAAGAUAAGAGUUUGGACGACUACAUCCACACGUUAGAGAAAGAGGUGAACAUCGAUUUCAGCCGAGCCAUGAAUAGGAUCACCUUUGAUCGGAUUGUCCAGUCCAAACCAGACAUGUUUGCUUUUGUCACCGUUCCAAACCCUGUUGUUGAGACAGUGCCAGAAAGAGGUUUUUAUGCAGAUGUGCCUGAGUAUCCCUUUGAUGAGCAGUACGACAACUUUGCUUUCAACUCCCUGCUGACGCGGGAGGAAGCCAUCGUGGCCAUGACCAAAGUCCGGACCGAGUGCAACAAGGUGGCGGCCAUGUCGCUGUUCCACGUGCCCAUGAGCAAGCACAUGAGGCUGGAGGAAUUUGAGCAGACGCAGGGCCAGGCCAGUUCACAGGUCCAACUCUUCCUGAAGGACAGUUGGAUAGGCACCCUGCGGGCAGCCAUCCGGACCAGCCUGCGGGACGUGGGCAAGGGCUGGUUCAACUUGCACGAGACCAACUGGGAAGUCUACCAGCGUUCCAAGCUGAAGAAAUUUAUGGAGAUGGUUAAAUUUUGCAUGCAGGAUUCCUUGAGGUAUUUGGUGCAAGACUCUCUGGUCAACUUCACCCAGAUGAUCCUGGACGCGGCCUGCGCUGUCCUGACUCUCCCUGCUGACUUAGAGUGGGAUAAGGACCUCAUCAAGGUCAAAUACAGACCCAAGAAAAAUUGCCUGUUUCUGGUGGACCUGAUUGUGGACAAGGAGGGAUGUCAUUACAGCACCAACCUGAACAACUUUGAGACAGCCUUAGUGGGUCUGUUUGACAAGGGAAUAGCCUCCACCCAGAAUGUUCCACAACUCGAGAAGUUUGUCCUGGAGGACAUCUUCUGGGCAGACACGCCCCUGCUGGAGUCAGUCGGGGAGCACGAGCCCAGAGUGGAGGAGCUGAGAGACACCAUACGGGACGCCAUCCGCAAGGCCUUGGUCCCCAUGAAAGCCUAUGCCCGGGCCUACGAGCAGUUCCUGGAGCUGAUGAACCUAGACAUCAAUGAGUACAUCAAGGAAUAUGACUCCAAGGAGCACACCGCUGCUGAGGUCAAGAAGGAGAUUGAGAGCCACUUGGUCCAGAAGGAGAUCUUGGAGAACACCAUUCCCAGCAAUUACACCAUCGGGCCCUUCUACAUCAGCACGGAGAGUGUCCGGCAGGGCCUGGCCAAGAAGCGCAAGGCCCUGGCCAAUGCCCUGCUGGAGCUGCUGGCCCAGAAGCUGCGCAAGCAGGCCGAGGACGCGUGCGAGGAGUUCAAGUUCAUAGCCCGCAAGCUCUACGAGCGGCCCAACUGCAUCGAGGACCUCGCUGAGCAGAAGGAAUGGAUGGCCACCAUCCCGGACAAGUUGAAGGAGCACCAGGAGCUGAUUGACAAGGCCAUGACGGACUACGAGCUCAUCGAGGAGUUCUACUACAACCUGUCCACGGAUGACUUCAACCUCAAGUGGAAUGCCAUUGGUUGGCCUCACAAGAUUGAGAUCCAGAUGGAGACCACGUUUGCCCAGCUGGAGGAGGACAAGGAGCGCUUUGAGAAGAUCCAGCUCACAGACCAGAACAACUUCACAGACAAGCUGGACACCCUGCAGAUGGUGGUUGCUGGCUUUGCAGCUCACACAGACAUCAACAAAGCCCACGAGGUGGCCAAUGAGGUGCGGCGCGUCAACAAGCAGAUGAAGGAAUGCCAGCAGCUGGCCUCCAUGUACAACAACAGAGAGCGGCUGUUUGAGAUGCCCAUCACCAACUAUGACAAACUCAGCAAGCUGGUGCGGGACUUUGAGCCCUUCAAGAAUCUCUGGAUCACCACCUCGGACUGGCUGAAGUGGCACGAGAGCUGGAUGAAUGAUCCGCUUACCACCAUCGACGCGGAGCAGUGCGAGAAGCAGGUCAGCGAGUCUUUCAAGACCAUGCACAAGUGUGUCAAGAUCUUCAAGGACAUUCCAGGAGUCCAGCUGGUGGCCCAAGAGAUACGGCGCUGGGUGGAGGAGUUCCGUCCGUACAUCCCCCUGAUCCAGGGCCUGCGCAACCCGGGUAUGCGCAGCCGGCACUGGGAGAUCCUGUCCAAGGAGCUGGGCUUCACCGUGGUGCCCAAGGCCUCGCUGACCUUCAGCAAGUGCCUGGAGAUGAAGCUGCAGGAGCACAUCGAGAAGAUCGCCAAGGUGGCGGAGAUAGCUGGCAAGGAGUACUCCAUUGAGCAGGCUCUGGACAAGAUGGAAGGGGAGUGGAAGCCGGUGGUCUUUGAGAUCAUGCCCUACAAGGAGACGGGCACCUUCAUCAUGAAGGGCUCAGAUGAGUGCACCCAGCUGCUAGAUGACCACAUCGUCAUGACACAGAGCAUGUCCUUCUCCCCCUACAAGAAGCCGUUUGAGGAGCGGAUCAGUACCUGGGAAGGCAAGCUACGCAUGACACAGGAUGUACUCGAUGAGUGGCUUGUGUGUCAGAGGUCGUGGCUGUAUCUGGAACCCAUCUUCAGCUCAGAUGAUAUCAACAGGCAGCUGCCAGUUGAGGGCAAGCGGUACCAGACUAUGGACAGAAUGUGGCGUCGCAUCAUGAAGAAUGCCAAGGACAACCCACAGGUGAUCUCACUGUGUCCUGACGCCCGCCUCCUGGAGAACCUCAAGGAGUGCAACAAGCUCUUGGAUCAGGUCCAGAAGGGUCUUAGUGAGUACUUAGAGACCAAGCGGGCCUCCUUCCCACGCUUCUACUUCCUCUCCGACGACGAGCUCCUGGAGAUCCUGUCGCAGACCAAGGAUCCGACGGCAGUCCAGCCUCACCUCAGGAAAUGCUUUGAGAACAUUGCCAGGCUCCAAUUUGAAGAUGACCUCCUGAUCACCAAGAUGUUCUCGGCCGAGGGGGAGGUGGUUCCCCUGUCGGAGCCCCUCUACCCUAAGGGUAACGUGGAGGAUUGGCUGCUGGAGGUGGAGCGUGUCAUGAUGGACAGCAUCCGGAGAAUCCUGGGGGAAUCCCUUCAGAAAUAUCCAGAGACGCCUCGCCCCAAGUGGGUACUGCAGUGGCCAGGUCAGGUAGUCAUUGCUGGCUGCCAGACAUUCUGGACCAAGAUGGUAGAAGAGGCAAUCCAGGAGGACAGGCUGGUACAGUUCCUGGAGGUGCUCAAGCAACAGAUUGCAGACCUGGUCAGCCUGGUCCGAGGCGACCUGAGUAAGAUCGGUCGCAUGAUUCUGUCCGCCCUCAUUGUAAUCGAAGUCCACGCCCAGGAUGUAGUGGCCAAGAUGUGCGAGGAGAAGGUGGCCAACAUCAACGACUUUGAGUGGAUCAGUCAGCUCAGGUACUACUUUGUGAAUGAUAACAUGUACGUGCGUGCUGUAAACGCCGAGUUCCCUUAUGGCUAUGAGUACCUGGGUAACUCCGGCCGACUCGUCAUCACCCCACUGACGGAUCGAUGCUAUCUCACUCUCACCGGCGCCCUGCAUCUCAAGUUUGGUGGGGCGCCGGCCGGACCCGCUGGUACAGGAAAAACUGAAACGACAAAGGAUUUGGGCAAGGCCCUGGCCAUCCAGACGGUUGUCUUCAACUGCUCAGACCAGCUGGACUUCAUGGCCAUGGGCAAGUUCCUGAAGGGGCUGGCCAGCUCGGGGGCUUGGGCCUGCUUCGACGAGUUCAACCGCAUCGACAUUGAGGUACUGUCAGUGGUGGCUCAACAGAUCAGCACCAUCCAGAAAGCCCAGCAGCAGAAAGUUGACAGGUUCAUGUUUGAAGGUGUGGAGAUCGCACUGAAAAUCUCUUGUGCUGUUUUCAUCACCAUGAACCCUGGUUACGCUGGAAGAACAGAGCUACCUGACAACCUGAAGGCUCUGUUCCGCCCGGUGGCCAUGAUGGUACCAGACUAUGCCAUGAUCGCCGAAAUCUCGCUCUACUCCUUCGGGUUCAGUGACGCCAAGCUCCUGUCCAAGAAGAUCACCACUACCUUCAAGCUGUCCUCGGAGCAGCUCAGCUCACAGGACCACUACGACUUUGGCAUGCGGGCGGUCAAGACGGUCAUCUCAGCCGCCGGGAACCUGAAGCGGGAGAACCCUGAGAUGAGCGAGGAACUGAUAGUACUCCGGGCCAUCCGGGACGUCAACGUGCCCAAGUUUUUGCAGGACGACCUGAAGCUGUUCAACGGCAUUGUGUCCGAUCUCUUCCCUAAGAUCAAGGAGGAGCCCAUUGACUACGGUACCUUGGAACAGUCCAUUCGCACCAUGAGCGGCAAGCUGGGGCUGAAGGACGUGGACGGUUUUGUCGGCAAGUGCAUCCAGCUGUACGAGACCACCGUGGUCAGGCACGGCCUGAUGAUCGUUGGACCAGCUGGCUCGGGAAAAACCAAGUGUUACGAGGUCCUGAAGAGGGCGCUGACUUCACUGAAGGGAGAGGUGGCAGUCGGUGGAGGCACCUAUGAGAACAUCAUCACCUACGUCCUCAACCCAAAGUCCAUCACGAUGGGCCAGCUGUACGGAGAGUUUGACCUACUGACCCACGAAUGGACGGAUGGCAUCCUUUCCUCCUUAAUUCGUAUCGGGUCCUCUUCGAUGGAAAUGGACAACCGCUGGUACGUCUUUGAUGGGCCCGUGGAUGCCGUGUGGAUCGAGAACAUGAACACGGUGCUGGAUGACAACAAGAAGCUAUGCCUAAGCAGUGGAGAGAUCAUCAAGCUCACUGAGUACAUGAGGAUGAUCUUUGAGGUGGCCGACCUGGCCGUAGCCUCUCCAGCCACGGUCAGCCGGUGUGGCAUGGUCUACCUGGAGCCGAGCAUCCUGGGCCUGGAGCCUUUCGUCACCUGCUGGCUCAAACGCAUCCCGGAGAACAUCUACCCCUACAAGGAUCAGCUGCAGUCGCUCUUUGACCGCUUUCUGGUGGAAUCCAUAGAGUUUGUCCGCACCAACUGCAAGGAGAUUGUCGCCACCAUGGACAGUAACCUCACCCUCAGCAUGCUCAAGCUCAUGGACUGCUUCUUCACCCCAUUCAUCCCCCAGGAGGGUGAUCCACCCAUCUCAGAAGAGCGGCUUGAGCGAGUAGCUGAACUCAUCGAGCCCUGGUUUAUCUUCUCGCUGGUCUGGACAGUCGGAGCCACGGUGGACUUUGACGGACGGCGCAAGUUCAGCACAUACCUACGCGAAAAGAUGCAGAAAGAGAACAUUGCCCUUCCAUUCCCACCGGACAACACCGUUUAUGACUACAAACUGGACGAUGGCGGCAUCAGCAAGCGUCCAUCCAAGGAUGAUGAAGAAGAGGAGGAGGCAGGCAAACGCAAAGAGGCACUGCUUAGUACUGGCUCACAUACAGCUGCAUCAAUUGAGGUUUUCACAGAGGUGCAUUGGUUGGACUGGAUGCAUGGAAUGGGGGAGCGUAAGAUCAACCCAGAAAUGCGUUACUCGGACAUUAUCGUGCCGACAGCAGACACAGUGCGUGGGGCACACCUGUUGGAGAUGUUGUUGACCAACAAGAAACGGGUCCUGACUGUUGGGGACACAGGCACGGGCAAGACCCUGACCAUCUCGGACAAGCUCCUGAAGAGCAUGCCCAAAGACUACAUCUCCAACUUCAUCAGCUUCUCGGCCCGCACCAGCGCCAACCAGACCCAGGACCUGUUGGACAGUAAACUGGACAAGAGACGUAAAGGUGUGUUUGGUCCUCCGCUGGGCAAGUACAUCAUCUUCUUCAUCGAUGAUUUGAACAUGCCUGCCCUGGAGGUGUAUGGAGCCCAACCCCCGAUAGAGCUGAUUAGGCAGUGGAUGGACCACAGAGGAUGGUAUGACAGGAAGCAGAUUGGUGCAUUCCGGGAGUUAGUGGACAUUAACUUUGUCUGCGCCAUGGGUCCACCCGGUGGGGGUCGUAAUCCUGUCACAGCCAGGCUCAUGAGACACUUCAACGUGCUGUCCUUCUGUGAGCUGGAACACAGCAGCAAACAUCGCAUCUUCGCCACUAUCCUGGACAGCUGGCUGGCACAAACUCCGUCAGUGUCUGACCACUGCGCCAAAAUCGUGGAUACCACCAUUAACGUUUACGAGACCAUCACCACCCAGCUGCUGCCUACCCCGGCCAAGAGCCACUACACAUUCAACCUGAGAGAUCUCUCCAAGGUUUUCCAGGGCAUCCUCAUGGCCACGCCUGCCAAGGUGGAAAACCUGAGUAGCCUCCUCCGCCUCUGGUACCACGAGAGCUGCCGCGUCUUCCAGGACCGGCUGGUCAACAAGCAGGACCGGGACUGGUUUGAGUCUCUCCUACGCGACAAGAUGACCUCGGUCUUUGGCGCCAAGCCCGAGGAGGUCCUGCCCACCGACAACAUCCUAUACGGGGACUUCAUGGUGGCCAACGUGGACAACAAGCAGUACGCUUACAUUGAAGACGAAGCUAAGAUGAUCCAAGUGAUGAAGGACUACCUGGAGGACUACAACCAGGUCAACACAGCCCAGAUGAAGCUGGUCCUCUUCAUGGACGCCACCAAGCACGUCUGUCGCAUCAGCCGGAUCAUCAGACAGCCCCUGGGCAACGCCCUACUGCUUGGCGUGGGAGGGAGCGGACGUCAGAGUCUGACCAGAUUGGCUGCUCACAUGGCGGAGUAUGACCUUUUCCAAAUUGAGCUGUCCAAGAACUACGGCGUGAACGAGUGGCGGGAAGACCUGAAGAAGGUCAUGAUGGCCGCCGGGCUGGAGGGAAAGCCAACUGUCUUCCUCUUCUGCGAUACCCAGAUCAAAGCAGAAUCUUUCCUGGAGGAUAUCAACAACAUCCUGAACUCUGGCGAUGUUCCUAAUGUCUAUGGCUUUGACGAGUUGGACACCAUCUACAAUGCCAUGAAGCCCAUCGUCCAGGAUGCGGGCAUGCAGGCCACCAAGACCAACCUGUUCUCCGCCUACACCAAGCGGGUCAAACAGAACACGCACACUGUGCUGUGCAUGAGUCCCAUCGGAGAGAUCUUCCGUGCCCGCCUGCGACAAUUCCCCUCACUGGUCAACUGCUGCACCAUAGACUGGUUCAGUGAGUGGCCAGACGAAGCCCUGUGCUCUGUGGCUGAGAGCUUCCUCAAUGACAUUCCCGACCUGGACGAAGGGGAGGAGAUAGUCAAUGGACUGGUACAGAUGUGCGUGGUGAUCCACCAGUCUGUGGCCGUCAAGUCGGCUCUUUUCCUAGCCGAGCUGUCCCGUCACAACUACGUCACCCCAACCAGCUACCUGGAGCUCCUGGGCAUCUUCUCCAAGCUGCUCACCCUCAAGAAGAUGGAGCUCAAGACGGCCAAGAACAGGACCAAGACAGGUCUGGACAAGCUCUUGACGACUGCUGAGGACGUAGCCAGGAUGCAGGCAGAGUUGGAGACGAUGCAACCCCAGCUGGAGGAGGCAUCCAGGGAGACGGUGGUUACCAUGGAGAAAAUCUCCAAAGAUACUAUUGUAGCCAAUGAAACCAAGGAGAUUGUGCAGAAGGAGGAGCAGCAGGCUGUGGCCAAGGCCAGAGAGACUCAGGAGAUUGCCGACAGCGCUCAGCGAGAUCUGAACGAGGCCCUGCCAGCCCUGGAUGCUGCCUUGGCCAGUCUGAAGUCACUCAACAGAAAUGAUGUAGUAGAGGUGCGUGCUAUGCAGCGCCCUCCGGCGGGCGUACGCAUGACCGUCGAGGCAGUCUGCAUCAUGCGUGGCGUCAAACCCAAGAAAGUCGCCGGUGACCAGCCUGGCAAGAAGGUGGACGACUACUGGGAGCCGGGCAAGGCGCUGCUGCAGGACCCGGGCAAGUUCCUGGAGAGCCUGUUCCAGUACGACAAGGACAACAUUCCCGAUGUUGUCAUCAACAAGAUCCAGCCAUUUAUCGACAACGAGGAGUUCCAGCCAGCUGCCAUCGCCAAGGCCUCUAAAGCUUGCACCUCCAUCUGCCAAUGGGUGCGAGCUAUGCACAAGUACCACUUUGUGGCAAAGGGAGUCGCUCCAAAGAGAGAACGCUUACGCAUUGCCACGGAGGACCUGGCGGUGACCCAGCGCCAGCUGGACGAGGCCAAGGCCAAGCUGCGGGAGGUGGAGGAAGGCAUCGCCACCCUGCAGGCCAAGUACGAAGACUGCAUCGAGAGGAAGGAGGAGCUAGAGAACAAGUGCUCGCUGUGCGAGGCCCGGCUGGGCCGGGCCGACAAGCUGAUCGGCGGCCUGGCCGACGAGAAGGGCCGCUGGCAGGAGUCGGUCAACCAGCUGGACUCGGUCAUCAAGAGCAUCGUUGGGGACGUGCUGGUGUCGGCAGGAUACGUGGCCUACUUGGGGCCAUUCACGGGUGAGUAUCGUGCCUCCCUCUGCAGUGAAUGGGUCAAGACGUUCCCUGAGUGGAAAGUGCCGCACACCGCCGAGCCCUCCUUCAUCAAUUGCUUCGGCGACCCGGUCAAGAUCAGAACCUGGCAGAUAGCCGGCCUGCCCAGGGACAAUCUGUCCAUUGAGAACGGCGUCAUCGUGCAGUUCUCGCAGCGCUGGCCGCUCUUCAUCGAUCCCCAGGGACAGGCUAACAAGUGGAUCAAGACCUUUGAGAAAGACAACGGCCUCGAUGUGGUCAAGCUUACUGACCGCGACUUCCUGCGUAGCCUGGAGAACGCCGUACGUUUUGGCAAACCGUGCCUGCUGGAGAAUGUAGCUGAAGAACUAGAUCCAGCCCUGGAACCAAUCCUAUUGAAACAGACAUUCAAGCAGCAGGGCAGCACUGUCAUCAAGCUGGGUGAUGCCGUCAUCCCUUACCACGAGGACUUCAAGUUCUACAUCACCACCAAGUUGCCCAACCCCCACUAUACCCCAGAGGUGUCCACCAAGGUCACCCUGGUCAACUUCACCCUCUCGCCAAGUGGCCUUGAGGAUCAGUUGUUGGCCCGUGUGGUUGCCGAGGAGAGACCAGACCUCGAGGAGGCCAAGAACCAGCUGAUCGUCAGCAAUGCCAAGAUGAAGCAGGAGCUCAAGGAGAUCGAGGACAAGAUCCUGGAGAGGCUGAGCUCCUCCGAGGGGAACCCCGUAGAUGAUGUAGACCUCAUCAAGACACUGGAGGCCUCCAAGAUCAAAUCCCAUGAGAUCCAGGCCAAAGUCAUUGUCGCCGAGAAGACGGAGCGAGAGAUCGACGAGACCCGGUCCCAGUACAUCCCGGUGGCAGUCCGCACCCAGCUGCUGUUCUUCUGUACCACCGACCUGGCCAACGUGGACCCCAUGUACCAAUACUCCCUGGAGUGGUUUGUCAGGAUCUUCCUAGCUGGGAUAGCCAACUCCGAGAGAGCAGACCACCUGCCUCAGAGGAUCCUCAACAUCAACGAGUACUUCACCUUCAGUCUCUACAGCAACGUCUGCCGCAGCUUGUUUGAGAAGCACAAGCUGAUGUUUGCCUUCCUACUGUGCGUACGUAUCAUGCAGAACGACGGCAAGAUCAAUAUGGACGAGUGGCGUUUCCUGUUAUCCGGCGGCACCACGAUCCCUAAGGAGUUGCCCAACCCAGCCCCGAGCUGGUUGUCCGACAGGGCCUGGGGAGAGAUCCUGUCACUGGCUGCUCUGCCCAAGUUUGCCACCUUCGCCGAGUCCUUCUCCAGUUACCUGGAUGGCUUCCAGCACAUCUUUGAUAGCAUUGAUCCGCAUCGGGAGGACCUCCCCGGGGAGUGGCAGACUGACUUGGACGACUUCCAGAAAAUCCUGGUCCUGAAGUGUAUUCGUGCCGACAAAGUCACCAACGCCAUGCAGGACUUUGUUGCCACCCACCUCGGCCAGCGAUUCAUCGAACCCCAAACAGCUGACUUGGCUGUGGCCUUCAAGGAGUCCUCGCCGACCUCCCCUCUGGUCUUCGUCUUGUCCCAGGGUACCGACCCAGCUGCCGACCUCUACAAGUUUGCCGAGGAGAUGAGGUUCUCUAAGAAGCUGUCCUCAAUCUCCUUGGGCCAGGGACAGGGUCCUCGUGCCGAGGCAAUGAUGAGGAGUGCCAUGGACAGGGGCAAGUGGGUCUUCUUCCAGAACUGCCAUCUCUCCCCCAGCUGGAUGCCCUCGCUGGAGAGACUCAUCGAAAACAUCGACCCUGACAAGGUCCAUCGUGACUUCCGCCUCUGGCUGACUAGUAUGCCCAGCCCCAAGUUCCCCGUGGCCAUUCUCCAGAAUAGCUCCAAGAUGACCAUCGAGCCACCCCGGGGCAUCAAAGCCAACCUCAUGCAGUCCUACAUCAGCCUGAACGAUGACUUCCUCAAUUCCUGCACAGGCAAGACUCACGAAUUCAAGAGCCUGAUGUUGUCCCUGGCUCUCUUCCACGGCGUGGUCUUGGAGAGGCGCAAGUUUGGGCCCCUGGGCUUCAACAUCCCCUAUGAGUUCACCACGGGUGACCUGCGCAUCUGCAUCAGCCAGCUGAAGAUGUUCCUGAUGGAGUAUGACGAGAUACCCUUCAAGGUGCUGACGUACACAGCAGGCCACAUCAACUACGGCGGUCGGGUGACCGACGACCGCGAUCGUCGCUGUCUCAUGAACAUCCUGAACGACUUCUACAACAAGGUGGUGCUGGAAGAGGAGCACAGCUACUCGGUAUCAGGGAUCUACCGACAAAUCCCGACGGCCAUGGACCACAACGGGUACAUGUCCUACAUCAAGAGCCUUCCUAUCAACGACACACCGGAGAUCUUUGGUCUCCACGACAAUGCCAACAUCACAUUCGCCCAGAAUGAGACCUUCUCGACCCUGUCCUGCAUCCUUCUCCUGCAGCCCAAGACAGCCACGGGGGCCGGGCGGUCCCGUGAAGAGGUGAUUGAGGAAACUGCAAAGAGUAUCCUCGAGCGAGUUCCUCAGCCUGUGGAUAUUGCCAUGGUAACCAAGAAGCACCCAGUAAUGUACGAGGAGUCCAUGAACACUGUUCUGAUCCAGGAAGUCAUCAGGUACAAUCGUCUGUUGGUGGUGAUCCACCGCACAUUGAGGGAGUUACUGAAGGCUUUGAAGGGGUUGGUAGUCCUGUCUGAGGAACUGGAAACCAUGUCCAACAGCAUGUACAUCAACUCUGUACCUGAACUCUGGGCAGGAAAGGCUUACCCCUCCCUUAAGCCCCUGUCUUCCUGGGUGACCGACCUAGUGGCCAGGAUGCAUUUCCUCCAGGAGUGGAUCGACCAGGGCAUCCCGAGCGUCUUCUGGAUCUCCGGCUUCUUCUUCCCCCAGGCCUUCCUGACUGGAACCUUGCAGAACUAUGCCCGCAAGGCCAUCGUCUCCAUCGAUACCAUUGGCUUUGAUUUUGCUGUCAUGCGGGAGCCUGUUGAGAAGAUUACCCAACGCCCGGACACUGGCUGCUACGUGCGCGGGCUGUUCCUAGAGGGCGCCAGAUGGGGCUACGAGGAGCACCAGCUGACAGAGUCCAGACCCAAGGAGCUGUACACAGACAUGCCCGUCAUGCAAUUCAUACCGGCCGAGAACCGUAAACAGCCCGAGGAAGGGAUAUACGUCUGCCCCGUCUACAAGACCCUGACAAGAGCAGGUGCCUUGUCCACAACGGGUCACUCCACCAACUACGUGUUACCCGUGGAGAUACCCUCAGACAAGCCACAGUUCCACUGGAUCAAGCGAGGCGUGGCACUCAUCUGCGCCCUGGACUACUAAGCAAAGAAAAAUACAAGUACUGAACAAGUGCAGGAUCAUCAACUACAUGCUGCUUGGUUUUUCAGAUCGUCACCAACUGUGUGUGCCUUUUUGAGAGGUUCAUCUAUUGCAAUUCUGAGGUAGUUUUUUGUUAAUUUCUAUAUCUCUUGCAUGGACUCCCUUAUUUAACCGAGGAUUGAUGUGGUCAAUCUUUGCAGACUUGCUGUCUUUGUUCAUUCAUUCUCUAAAUGUUGAAUCCGUCCAUAACCUUAAUUUUUUUUCCAUAAUGCACAAGCAUUUUGUGUUCAAUUUUAAAACAAUUUUAUCAUAAUUAUCAUCGUAUUGUAUUAAAUGCUUUUGAAUAUUGCUUUCAAAUUGUAAAGAUUUAGCUGUUCCGAAGCAAAUAAAAAAGUUUAUAAACCAA